AUGGGGUGCUCCUAGCCCGGCCCAACACUGGAGCGGCUCCUGCUCAGAACGCCAGAAGCAGCUCGGGUCUCUCCAGCGCCCCUUGACCAUGGCUGCGGUACCCACGGCGUCUGCUUCCCUGCGCUCCCGGGGUCCCUGCCACAGCCGCAGCCGCUGCAGCCUCUGAGCCCCAGGGGCCACUGCUCGCCUGGAUUCCGCCCGCAGCCGCCGCUGCUGUGCAACUGAGGCUAACCUGCGGCCAGCCAGGAGGCUCCUGCAACCUUCGCUCGCGGCGAUGACAGCCACCCCAGAGCAGCCGGCUGUGUUCGGACAAUUUGAGAAUGCAAUUGUUGGUUUCCCGGUCCACCCGUCCUGCUUCGCUUGCCAUCACAGCACGCCUGUUGGAUCUCAGUGGAGAAGUCCCGCUGCUCUGGUUUUUCUACUCUCCGUAUAGACUCGCCUAACACCUACAUACAUAUUUUUCUUUAAAAAAAAAAAAACAUUAAAUAUAACUAACAGUGAAAAGAAAAAGGAGAGAAAGAAGGGAAACAUUACAGGGUUACUAUGCACUUGCGACUGAUUUCUUGUUUUUUUAUCAUUUUGAACUUUAUGGAAUACAUUGGCAGCCAAAACGCCUCCCGAGGAAGGCGCCAGCGAAGAAUGCAUCCUAACGUCAGUCAAGGCUGCCAAGGAGGCUGUGCAACGUGUUCAGAUUACAAUGGCUGUUUGUCAUGUAAGCCCAGACUGUUUUUUGUUCUGGAAAGGAUUGGCAUGAAGCAGAUAGGAGUGUGUCUCUCUUCGUGUCCAAGUGGAUAUUACGGAACUCGAUAUCCAGAUAUAAAUAAAUGUACAAAAUGCAAAGUUGACUGUGAUACCUGUUUCAACAAAAAUUUCUGCACAAAGUGUAAAAGUGGAUUUUACUUACACCUUGGAAAGUGCCUUGACAGCUGCCCAGAAGGGUUAGAAGCCAACAAUCAUACUAUGGAAUGUGUCAGUAUUGUACACUGUGAGGCCAGUGAAUGGAGUCCAUGGAGUCCAUGCAUGAAGAAAGGAAAAACGUGUGGCUUCAAAAGGGGGACUGAAACACGGGUCCGAGAUAUACUACAGCAUCCUUCAGCCAAGGGUAACCUGUGCCCCCCAACCAGCGAGACAAGAACUUGUAUAGUACAAAGAAAGAAGUGUUCAAAGGGAGAACGAGGAAAAAAGGGAAGAGAGAGAAAACGAAAAAAACUCAAUAAAGAAGAAAGAAAGGAAACAAGCUCCUCCUCUGACAGCAAGGGUUUGGAGUCCAGCAGUGAGACCCCAGACCAGCAGGAAAACAAAGAGAGGCAGCAGCAGCAGAAGAGAAGAGCCCGAGACAAGCAACAGAAAUCGGUAUCAGUCAGCACUGUACACUAGAGGGUCCUGCAAGGUUACUGUAGACUCAUGAUGCUGCUAUCUCAACCAGAUGUCCAGGACAGGUGUUCUAGCCAUUAGAACCACAAAUGGACAACACAUCAGUUACCACUCUGUCUAAACAACAUUCCUAAUAGUUGCUAUAGUCUUCAUACAAACAUAGUAAACAGCAAAGAGCCAAAUGUUCAAAGAAGGGAUACUUUCAGACGGUUAUCUUAUGUGCUUCUGUGUAUUUUUAAAAGAUGAGAAAAUUUGUACAUAAUUAUCAAUAAGCUAUAAGAUAUCCUCAAUGUAAUGACGACAGCUGGAGAAGAAUCAUCUUUUCUUUAUAAAAAAUAUACUUCGAAUAAUUGUCUUUAAGAAGCAAAAGGUAAUUCUACAACUUCAAAAAUGCAGUGUCCCUCAAAACCAAGAUUUGUUAGGGGAGAGAAUCAUGGCUCCAUGUACAGGGUGGAUUUGUCCCGGAGAACUAGUGAAUGCUCAGAAUUAGGGCCUGGCAUUUUGAAUCCUAGAGUUAAUCAUCACAGAAGCAAGUGGUUUAGGAUUACUUCUGUUGCCCUCCUCUGCAAGAAGUUGAACAUGCAUAAUAGAGUUAAAUAUAUUGUGUGGAGUUGGAAUAAGGCAAGCUGUGGAAGAAAUCAUAGAGCUGGAGACCAUCUUGUGCUUUCCAGAACCGUGAGGGGUUUUGUCACCUGGAACAGGGCUCCAAUCUAUAUUAGCACUGUGUGGUUGAUCUUCCACUACUCCUUGGUUUAUAUAAGUCUGUAAACAUGUACCUGUACCUUUCUUCCAAACGUAAAACCAUGCUUACUAGAAGAAAAUUCUAACUUUAUGGAAAACAAAAGUGUAAGAAGAAUGUGACAUGUUUGCAAAGUUGAGUGUUUUCUUUCUUAAAGGAGGGGAAAACUAUUUUAUUACCUGCCUAUGGGUCCACCUGGAACUAAAGGGAUACUACUUUCUAACAAGGUGUAUCUAGUAGGAGAGAAAGCCACCACAAUAAAUAUAUUUGUUAAUAGUUUUUAAAGCUUGGUUCACUUUGUUUUCAUGGGUAAGAUUUAGAGACUCACAAACUAGGAAAAAUUGAAAUGUGCUCGAUGGAAGAACCUGCAUCCUACAAAUUUAGAAGAUAGGAUUCUCAGUGUUUCUUCCAUAAAUCCAUCAUUAUCUGAGCCAA